AUGGCUGACUUCUGGUCGGACAGAACUCCUCUCCACGAGGCCGCCUGCCAAGGGAGGCUGCUGCAAAUGAGAAGCCUCGUAGUUCAAGGCUUCCACGUAGACACGCUCACCAUGGACAGCGUCUCUCCUCUCCACGAAGCUUGCCUCGGUGGACAUUACGCGUGUGCCAAGUUCCUGCUGGACCGUGGAGCAAAUGUGGAGAUGGUGUCAACAGAUGGCGCCACACCUCUGUUCAACUCUUGCAGCAGCGGGAGUGCUGCUUGUGUCCGGCUCAUGUUGCAGCACAGCGCCUCCAUCCACACCCCCGACCUGCUGGCAUCACCCCUUCACGAGGCUGCGAAGAAAGGUCACAGAGAGUGUCUGGAGCUGCUGCUGUCGUACGGAGCGGACAUGGACAUGGAGCUCCCCGUGGUGGGGACGCCGCUGUAUUCUGCCUGCAUGGCCCGGGCUGCCGACUGUGUCAGGCUGCUGCUCCACUCAGGAGCAGACGUACGAAUCGGGUGUGGGCGGGACAGUCCUCUCCAUGCUGCAGUUCGAGGAGGAGGAGCCAACAUUGUGGAUCUUCUUCUGGACUUUGGGGCUGAUAGGUGUUGUAGGAACGCAGAGGGAAAGACUCCUCUGGAUCUGUCGACGGAAAACAGCGUAGUGAGAGUCGGACUGCAGAAAAAAGGUCCGGGCUCUCUGUCUCAGCUCUGUCGGUUCUGUAUUCGGCAAAGUCUGGGAAGCAGUCGUCUCCACAGAGCCUCUGGCCUCUUCCUCCCUCACAGUAUUAAGGAGUUCCUCCUCUACCAAUGAGCCAUAUCGCUGCCUUGCUACUGAGGCUCUCUGAGUUGUCCUUCACAUUUGUAAAGUUAAAAAAAGACAUUCAAACUCAGAGAAACUUCCAAGAUAUUCAUAUAGCUGAAACUUUAAUGUAUCAGGUUCUGUAUUUUUAUACUUUUAAUGAAGUGCUUUCCAUUUCGUGUCCAUGGAUUUUAAAUUAUUCCAAAAAUGUUUGCAAAUGGGAUCUCUGGGGUCUGUGUGCAGGUGUUGGUGAGGUAGUACUGCAUGGAGAACAUGUUGUGGCUGCAGAAGGAGUUGGGUGGAAUCUGGCUCGUUGCCUCCAGAGAUGUCAGCUGAAGGCUAUAAGUUUGAAACUGUUUUUGGGAAAUUAGCUUCCUUGACAUCUGAAGCCUGCUCCUCAUCUCCGUGGAGCUGGUGGGGCUACAACACGUUGUCAUCCCGGCUCGUCAACAUACAGAUACGUGGUCAGGACCCAUGGCGUCACCUUCUAAUGCACUGAGUACCCUGGCGUGUCCAACUAUGACGCCCCACUACAUUUACGUCGAGGCUACAAAAACACCUCGGAUGUGCUUAACAAUGAAGCGGAAACAAAGUAAAACAUACACAACGUCACAAAAAAUACGUAGAACACGUGACUUCGGAAUUACUGGACAUAAACUCCAAUCCCAGACAUUAGGAUCCAGGUUGAAAUUCCCACGUGUGAUUGACCCUUCUACCUCUCCCUGCGGCCGUAUGCAACUUUUUUUCUGUGUUUAUACUUCGCCGUUACACUUCCAGAGCAUUGUCUCUGAGCGUCUCAUAACGAUGCAGAUGGGUUAGCAUUGUAGUUAAAUCCUGUUCCAUCUCAAACGAUGGCCAAAAGUUGCAACGUACCCUGGUAUAUAAUGCACUGAGAAGGAGAACGGGAUGGAGGCUAAAUAAAUUGGACGCUACCAGCAACUCACCCGACUCUAUCAGAACUGUGGCGGUCGCGCUGCAUGGUCGGUAUCCUCGGCUGAUUUAGUUAUGCAGGAUCUCACAAAACAGAUAUAUGGUGUAAAUAUCUGUAUCCACUUUGAGUAAAUACUGUAUUUUGUAGAAAGUAUUUUAAACGGAUUAUAGUAAUCUAAAUGUGAGAAAGCCUGCCGAGCUGUGUUUUUAUUCGGCAGUGAGUCUUUUACUGUUUUAUCCGUUUUAAUUGGCUCCUAAUUCCACAAUUGCUGUACUCUGAUCUGUGUUUAUAUUGUGCUCUGUGAACAGUAAUGUAGAGUCAUUUAUGUCCUUGUACCCUAAUGUGCAGCAUACCUGUGCAAUCAUUUGAGUCUUCAGGGGGUUUCUUCUGCAUUGCUGCACACGUGUCUGUCUGUCCUCUGCACCAAUAAAACCCACUGAACUGAGAA